UUGUUUGGACCGGAGUUCAGAAGGAUGUGAAAGAUGGCUGCCAAUUACAUUGCUUACCCUAGAUGGUGCCAUGCAGCUCUUACCAGAGUGAGCUGUGCAGAUGAAGAAUAGUUCAGUAGCUGAAAAUGAUUGAAGUUUUCAUACUUAAGAUUGAAGAUCCUGGAUGCUUCUGGGUUAUUAUAAAAGGAUGUGGUGCCUUUUUAGAUCAUGAAAUGGAAUACCAAAAGUUAAAUAUUGAAAUGAAUGCCUUCUAUAAUAGUGAAUAUAAAGAUGUAGAAAAAGUAAAGCCGUUACUCUUGGAAGAAGGACAGGCUUGUGUGGUUUAUUGUCAGGAACUGAAGUGCUGGUGUAGGGCAGUUAUUAAGUCAAUCAUGUCCUCUGCAGACCAUUAUUUGGCAGAAUGCUUCCUGGUGGAUUUUGCCAAAUAUAUUCCUGUAAAAUCAAAGAACAUCCGAGUUGCAGUAGAAGCUUUCAUGCGACUUCCUUAUAGGGCAAAAAAGUUUAGACUAUACUGCACAAAACCAGUCACGUUACAUAUUGACUUCAGUGAAGAUAAUGCAGAAAUCGUACCUGCUAAGAAAUGGGAUGGUGCUGCUAUUCAGUACUUUCAGAAUAUUCUAAAAGCAACUACACAUAUUGAAGCGAAAUUAUGUGGUAUGGAAGAAGAUAUUUUUGAUGUUUACCUUUAUGUAACUAUAAAAAAUGAAAAGGUAUGUGUUAAUGAUGAUCUGGUUGCAAAGAACUUUGCUUGUUAUGUAACACCCAAGGAAAAAAAAAUUGAUUGUCCAGAGAAAGCUACACCAAAGAGUGUGGAAUCCCCUCCAGAUAAAAUCAAUCCUGCACUUGCUCUUUGGCCAAUGUUGUUGCAAGAAAAGAUUCCUGAAAAACUUGAAAAAGGUGUGAUUUUACAACGUAAUGGACUUUCAUUAGAUUUAUCCUCUAAAAUGAGUGAGAAGAUAGAGAAGAUACAUAAAGAAAAGGAGUGUAUGUCUUUAAAAGAAAUAAAUAAAAUUACUGUCGCAACUUCAGCAUAUUGUCCUAAAAAAGGAGGCAUAACUAUUUAUGCUGAGCCAGAUGUACAGGCAGAAAGUUCAUGUCAGAAGUUAAAUGAAAAACAAUUCAAAUUGACAUCAAAGAAGAAAUAUGAUGAAAAAAAUGGCUGUGUGAAGUUGCUGCAGUUUUUAAAUCCUGAUCCUUUGAAAACUGAUGGAAUCCAUGACAUACAGCAGUUGCAGAAAUCAAAGUCUAGCAUUCCGCAACCUUCUGUUGUUCUUCGAAAUAAAAUUGAACCCUGUUCAUUUGAAACUGCACCGCUUUCAGUGGGUUUAAAAAAGACACUUAGAAAGAAUAAAUUUCUAGAACCCAGUCACACUGAAUCUUAUUGCUGGCCACCAAUAGCUCGUGGAUGUGAUGUGGUUGUCAUAUCUCAUCAUGGAAAUGAUCCUCUCUUAUAUAUUCCACCAGUGCUUACAUUUUUGCAAACAGGGGGCUGCUACAAAUCAUUACCAAGUAGAAAUGGACCAUUAGCAGUAAUUGUAUGCCCUGGAUGGAAAAAAGCGCAGCACAUUUUUGAAUUAUUAGAAGAGUAUGGUAGAGGUUCUAGGCCUCUUCAUCCCAUGUUGUUAAUAAUUGGACUUAACAAAGAAGAAGCUCAAAAUAUGAAGUUUCAGAGGGGAUGCGAGGUGAUUAUAACAACACCCCAUAGUCUCUUGAGACUUCUGAAGUAUCAUAGCUUGUUAUUUCUUAGACUCUGUCACCUUAUUUUUGAUGAAGUUGAAGUAUUGUUCUUCGAAGCUGGUGAGCAAAUGCUUACUAUCUUAGACUAUUUCAAGAAAACUAUUAUAAUUGAAGAAAGAGAAUCUGCACCUCAUCAGAUUGUAGCUAUUGGAGCUCAUUGGAGCAAACAUAUAGAACUUUUAAUCAAGGAAUUUAUGAAUGAUCCUUACAUCGUUAUAACAGCCAUGGAAGAAGCUGCUCUUUAUGGAAAUGUACAGCAGGUGGUGCAACUUUGUCUAGACUGUGAAAAAACCUCAACGUUACUUCGAAUGCUUGAUUUCAGUCCAAGUCAUGCUCAGAAGACCUUGAUAUUCACGAGUUCUGUGACUGAAGCAGAAAUAGUUUGUAAGGUCGUGGAAAGUAGUUCAAUAUUCUGUUUGAAAAUGCACACAGAAAUUGCUGCUAAUUUUAAAAAUGUAUUAGAGCAGUGGAAAAAAAAGUUAAGUCUUGGCUCUCAUAUUGUAUUGGUUUUAACUGAUGAUUGCAUACCUCCUCUGGCUAUAACUGAUGCAACUUGUGUGAUUCAUUUUAGUUUUCCUGGUUCUCCAAAAAUUUUUGGAGCGCGUUUAUAUUGUAUGUCUGAUAAUUUCCAAAGUUUAAUUGAACAGGGUGCUUCUUCAGAGCAAGGAAAUAAAAAGGCAAAAUCUAUUUUGCUACUGACAGAAAGAAGUGCAUGCUGUGCAGUUGGCGUAUUGCGUUAUUUGGAACGAACAGAUGCUAAAAUUCCUCCAGAGUUGUGUGACUUCACUGCAGGUGUUUUGGAAGCUAAGGAAGAUAAAAAACUCAGAAGGCCUCUUUGUCAUUAUCUUAAGGUUUCUGGUUUUUGCAAAGAUAAAAGGAUAUGUCCAGAUCGACAUCAUAUUAACCCAGAAAUAGACAUGCCAAGGAAAUUAUCUGACCGAACUCUGCCAACAACUGGAUAUGUUAAGAUAAUACCUUUCUAUAUUGUGAAUGCAACAAACUAUUUUGGGCGCAUACUUGAUAAACACAAAGAUCUGUAUGCAGCUCUUAAUAUGGAAAUGAAGGAGUAUUUUAAGGAAUCCAGUAAUAAAAUGUCUGUUGAAAAAGUUGAGAAGUUUGCCUUGUAUGGACUAUAUGAAAAAGCAGUUUUUCACAGGGUUCAAGUUUUGGAAAUGAGCCAAAAAGAGGAAAAUUGUGUCUUUUUUAAUGUUCACAUAAAAUUUAUAGAUGAAGGCAGGACAAGCAAUACUAAAAAUCAUCAGCUGCUUCAUCUACCCCAGAGAUUCCAAAAUUUACCUCCUCAAGCUAUAGAAUUUAUUGUUUGUAGAGUGAAACCUAUUGACAAUGAAGUUGAAUGGAACCCAAAGGUUACUAGAUAUGUUCACCAUAAAAUUAUAGGAAAACUACAUGAGGCAAAAGUAGUACUGUCUUUGGGAAAUACAGUUUGGGUUGAUCCAAUGGUCCAUCUCACCAAGCUUUCAAAUUUGAAAACUUCUGUAAUUGAAUAUAAUGUUCGAGCUGAAAUUUUAUCAAUGGGAAUGGGUACUGAUAAUCCAGAACAUAUAGAUCAACUUAAAAAACUAUGCCAAGAAAGUAAAAUGGGAGCCCUUCAAGAGAGCACAUUCCAAACCAUAAUACCUCCUUUAACACCCAACAAAAGUAGAGAGGAUACAGGUGACCUGCAAAGCUCAGUAUCAGAUGAUGACAAAAUUUCAGAAAACAAUAUUUCCAGACAAGUGAAUACAGAAUAUCAAAAGUCCGAAGUGAUAUCAGAAAAUAGUGGAGAUAAUUACAUUAAAGAAACAAUACAGCAGCAGCAUAAAAGUUUCCACCCAGCAAUGAAAUGGUUUCAAAAAGAAGAUGUUGUAAUUGUGAAGAUAAGGCUAAGAAAUGUAAAAGAUCAGAAAUGUAAAUUUUUUAGAGAAAGGGUGGUUUUCAGUGCUUGGGUAGGAGAUAAAUUUUACUUGGCUGAUAUGGACCUACAUGCAAGUAUAUUAAAAGAGGAAUCCAAAUGUCUAAUUAAGAAUGAAGAACCUAUAGUCACUCUUGUAAAAGAGAAAAAAGAAUCUUGGCAUAAUUUGCUCAAGAAAAGGAAUCCUAAUGUGUCUUUCGAUUUUGAUCAUUGGGAGGAAUGUGAAGAUAUAAGCCCCUUUUCUAAUGUUGUGUGCUCUAGAAAGGUACUCAACACUGGUGUGCAGAUAAGCGAAGAUAUAGAUGAUUCUUCUGAGGACAGUGAAACUGAGAGUGAAUAGCAUGCAAAUUAAAUGCUGGUUGGAAGACUUUUACAGAGCAGUGUCUGUCACUGCACCUGCAAGUUGAGAAGAUAUGCAUGGACACAUCUGAGGAAAAAAAACCAUAUUAUCUAUAAAAGUAGUCAUUUCAUUUAUUAAUGAUAAGAAUUACUUAGUUGUUAGUUUAUAAAGAGACCAAAUCAAGGGAAUAGCAAGGGAAUAAUGGGGGGGGACAUUGGCUACUUAAGGAAUGGUGAUAGAUAUUGGUUACCUGGUUGAAAAAAUAUAUGCCCAGCUAAUAAUGUACCUUCUGUUUUACUCCUUCUCCUCUUCAAUAUCAUUUAACUCUGGCAAAGUUUAAAUUUGAUUGGCAGAUAGCAAAUUUUGAUCCCCCAGGUAGUAAAAUAAAGACUUUCAGCCUAUUAAUUUUACUUUAGAUCUGUGUUAUAAAACAAAAAUUUGUAUGAUUCAUUGGCCUACUUAAAUUAUUGAAAUUUAUAAUUCUGUUCUAAUGAGUAGGCUUUCACCUCAUAAAAUUAUACUUUAAACUGGUUUAUUGAUCCCAUUAUUUCCUUAUUAAUUAGGCCUUAGGUAUAUAAUCGUCAUCUUCUUAUUGUUGUAGGGUGUAGAUGUUUGAAUCAGUUUGCAUUAAUAUGUAUGUACGAAACAGUUUAAUAGUCUUAAAAUAACUGGCUUAUUUUUCCGGUGGUACACUUUAUGAACACUAAAUUCACUCUUUGUGAAGAAGAGGUGUAAUUAAUGACUUUGACAUCAUUAAUUUUAAAUUAAUCUCAAGUACACUGGUGAAAAUUGGAUUGACCUAAAGUUAUAUCUUUAUGAUCUACAGACCGUUUUUAAAAGAAAUACCUAAAGAAAGUCCUAAAGUGAAGAUUUUUCUGAAUGCAAAAGUUACAGGUUCCAAAUAAUCCUUUGUGCUAUGCAGGUCUGUGAUCAGGUCUGUGUGGGGCUCCAUGAGUGUAUGUAUCACAGAGUAACCCCAAAUGGGGAAGCAAAGAAAGGUUGCAUUUUAAGUGAGAUUGCAAAGGCUGACAGAUUUGGACACUCAGGAAGUUUAGAUUUCACAAGAUCUAGGAAUGUCAGAAUAUUCUUAACCAAUUGGCAAUACUGAAGUCAUCAAGAUCACAUAUUUGGUUGAAAGCACAUGUAGAACUCAUACUUAGUAUGUAUGUACAUCGUAGACUUCCUUUUCAAGUUUUAUAAUUUCCACUCCAAAUUUUCUUCCCUAAAGUUUUUUGUGUUAAUUAAUACAACACACAUUUCUGUUUGAACAUAUAGGGAAAAAAUAGAUCUUUAAAACUGAAGACAGAUUUGAAAUUUAUAAGGUAGAUGUGACUUAAAGAAUGGUGCAUUUCACUAGUAGUGUUAGAUGGUAUUUAGGCAUUCUCCUUUUUGUUUAGCAAAAAGAAAGAAACAAGGUCCUUUCCUCAUGAAAUUUGGUAAUAGAAAUAUAUAUAUAUAUAUAUGUAUGUUUGAUAAAAAUCAAAACUAUAUAUAUAGAAAAAUAUAUGUGUGUUUGAUAAAAAUCAAAACUCUUCCUUCAACUGUUCUGUGAGAUGGAGUGAAAUUAAACUGUGUCUCAGUUUUCUCAUCUGUAAAAUGGGCUACUUAUAGAGAAAGAAUCUCAGGACGACAAUCACAGCACCAUUUUAAAGGAGUAUUUCUAAGAACAAAGUUAAGAUAUUUUUCCCAUGAUGAGAUCAAGUUAACCCUUUUUGCCAGAGCGGGUAGGGAUUUUCUGACUUCAUAUAGGUAGGUACAGCUCUGUGUGUGUGUUUAUAGUAGCCCUUCCCUUUUGCCACUUGUUAACUUUAAAGUUUAGUGAAUCGACUUUUGCCCCUACCAGUGAUGUUGUAUAUUGAGUGAUGGAGAUGAGGGUCAGGGAGGUAGGUACAUAUAAUUCAAAGUGAACUUAGAUUUUCUUUUUUGAUGGUUGAAUUUAAACUAAGUAAAAGGUAUCAAUAUCAUCAUGUACUUCCUCCAGUGUCUCUUAGUACUUUUUUGACUUUAAAUUAAUUUAUACUUAUACAACUUGUAUUCCCACAGAAUUAUAAUAACCAGCCCAUUACAAUAUAAGCCUUGUUCAGUGAAUUAUCUUAUUGUGUGCAUAGAGAUAACCCAAUAGUCUGUAGGAUUUCGUUGCUUUCUGUCAGUAGUAUCUCUUUUUGUUUGCCUCUUUUUGUUUUGUUCUUUUAUGAAACCUUUUUUGUAGCCAAUGAUAGAACUACCUAAAGAUGUUUAAUCCUAAAAAAAUAAAAAGCAAAUAGCUAGUAGUUGUGGUGGCCUUUUAAAAAAAUAAAUGUUAA